GAGACACACUUGUUCUGGUACAUGUAGAUUACAAAUACAAUAGAACGGUUAAAAAACCCUGGAUUAAGAUAAUAUAUCGUUUAUUAAUCUCCCAUUAACUCGCCGUUUCAGGAUCUGGUAUAAGGGCUAUUUGUAUUGGAUUUGUUGUAUUCUUGGAUAUGGCUUCUGAAGGAUUCCUUCAACCUAUAUGCGUAAGAUGGCGUUUAUGUGGACUGCGGUGGCAAGUAUUUAUUUUUCUCCUGUCAUUCUGUCAUAUUGUCAGUGGCCAAAUACGGUAUUCCAUUCCAGAGGAGAUGAAGAAAGGUUCUCUUAUCGGUAACGUAGCUCAAGACCUGGGGUUAGAUUUGAAAAGGCUCAGAGCGGGCCGGGCCCGUAUCGUAUCCGGAGAAAGCAUUCAGUACACAGAGCUGAAGACAGACAAAGGGAUUCUAGUCGUGAGUGAGAGAAUAGACCGAGAGCAGCUUUGUGGCGACGUCACACCGUGUAGCUUCAGCUUCGAAAUCAUUCUAGAACAUCCGAUGGAGCUACACCGCGUGACUGUAGAAAUUAUAGAUGUAAAUGACCAUGCCCCUGCUUUUUCAAAGAGAGAUAUACAAUUUGAAAUUAGCGAGUCCGCUACCUUAGGCUCCCGUUUUACGUUGGCGAGUGCCGAGGAUCCUGAUGUGGGGUUAAACGCUCUGCAGAAUUACUUCUUAACCACGAAUGAUAAUUAUGUUUUAAAACAACACGCGAAACCGGACGGUAGUAAAUAUGCUGAAAUGGUUCUUCAGAAACCGUUAGAUAGAGAGGAGCAUCCUCGUCUCUCUUUAAAGCUAAUCGCUGUAGAUGGUGGAAAUCCGCAGAGAUCUGGCACAGUAAAUAUAGAGAUAACUGUCCUAGAUGCUAAUGACAAUGCGCCUGUGUUUAACCAGUCAGUGUACAGGGCUUCUGUAAUGGAAGACGCUUCAAAAGGGACCUAUAUCACAACAAUAAAUGCCAGCGAUGCCGACAGUGGAUCAAACGGUGAUGUUGCGUAUUCUUUCUCCAACCUCAAAAAACAUUUAGCUGACAUUUUCAAUAUAGACGAAAAAACAGGCACUAUAUCAGUUGCGGGGGAAAUAGAUUACGAGAAAGAUAAGAAAUUUGAAAUCAGGGUAGAGGUGAAGGAUCAAGGUGGUUUAACUGACUCAAGUGAAGUUGUCAUUGAAGUUGUUGAUGUUAAUGACAACGCACCAGUUAUAAACGUCAUGUCCUUCUCUAGCCUUGUGUCUGAAGAUGCUCCUCCUGGCACCACUAUUGCUAUUAUAAAUGUUAAUGAUGCUGAUUCAGAGAGAAAUGGACAGAUUACAUGCUCUAUAAAUACUAACCUUCCAUUUAAAAUUCAGUCGUCGUUAAGUAGUUAUUAUAAUUUGAUCUCAGACGUAGCUUUAGACAGAGAAACGACACCGGAAUACAACAUCACCAUAACAGCGACAGAUUCUGGUUCGCCUCCACUCUCUAGCACCAGGACAUUACACCUUAGAAUAUCUGACGUAAAUGACAAUGCUCCAUUGUUUCAUCAGGGCUCAUACUCGACUUACGUCACAGAGAAUAACUCUCCUGGAAUGUCCAUAUUUACUGUCAGCGCGCGGGACUCUGACUGGAAUCAGAACGCUAGAAUCUCGUACCUCUUGGAGGACACGCAGAUCAGUGGAACUCCAGUCUCUACUUAUAUAUCUAUUAACUCUGAAACUGGAAUUUUACAUGCGGUUUGUUCCUUUGAUUAUGAACAAAUUAAAGAGUUUAAACUUAUGGUUAAGGCGCAAGACGGAGGCUCUCCUCCACUCAGUAGUAAUGCCACUGUCAACAUCUUCAUACAAGAUCAGAACGACAACGCGCCUCAGGUUCUGUACCCAGUCCAGACUAGUAACUCUCUGGUGGCUGAAAUGGUGCCUCGUUCAGCAGAUGUGGGCUAUCUUGUUACUAAAGUGGUGGCUGUUGAUGUAGACUCUGGACAGAAUGCCUGGCUCUCGUAUAAACUGCAGAAAGCGACAGACAGGGCGCUGUUUGAAGUGGGCUUACAGAAUGGAGAAAUAAGAACUGUACGCCAAGUCACUGAUAAAGAUGCUGUGAAACAAAGGCUCACUGUUGUAGUGGAGGACAACGGGCAGCCAUCUCGUUCAGCUACAGUCAAUGUUAACGUGGCGGUGGCGGACAGCUUCCCUGAAGUGCUCUCGGAGUUCACUGACUUUACGCACGACAAGGAGUACAAUGACAACCUGACUUUUUACUUAGUCUUGGCUUUGGCUGUAGUCUCAUUUCUGUUCAUCACAUGUUUAGUGGUUAUUAUAUCAGUGAAAAUAUACAGAUGGAGACAGUCUCGCGUCCUCUAUCAUUCCAAUCUCCCGGUUAUUCCGUAUUAUCCACCGCGUUACGCAGACACUUUGGGGACAGGAACUCUACAGCACGUGUACAAUUACGAGGUGUGCAGGACGACUGACUCCAGAAAGAGUGACUGUAAAUUCGUCAGACCCUGUAGUCAGAACGUACUGAUAAUGGACCCCAGUUCUACAGGGACGAUGCAGCGGAUGCAGAGUGAAAAUAACAUCCUGGAUGAACCGGACUCCCCACUAGAGACUCUGAGGGCCGCUGUUGAUCAGUGA